AUGGCUUCUCAAUUAUCACUUUUGAAUCUCUAUAGUCAGCAGGCAAAAUGGCGGGAACUCAUAUCCCUUUACCACCACAUGAGAAUCAAUGGCUUCCAACCCAACACCUUCUCAUUCCCAUUCCUCCUCAGAUCCUGCCCCCUCCAUCAAGGGCAAUCCAUUCACGCCGAUGCCGCCAAGCGCGGCUUCGAAGCAGAUGGUUACGUGACCAACGCUGUCGUUGCUUUCUAUCUGCGACACGGGUCCCUCCGUGAUGCACUCCAGGUAUUCGAUGAAAUGCCCGACCAAAACCCCGUCUCUUGGAACGCAGCAAUAUCGGGCUUUUUCCACGCGGGGGACUGCAACAGGGCUCACCAGCUCUUUGAAAGGAUGCCGUGGCCCAAUGUCAUCACGUGGUCCGCCGUGAUCGCAGGUUACACGCAGAACGCCCGCCCAAGUGAUGCACUGGUUGUUUUCAAAAGAAUGAGGAGGGAAUGUGGAGGCAUUGACGAAAUGGGUUUCCAUGUGGUGCCGAAUUCGAACACAAUUGCUAGUGUUCUUCAUGCUUGUGUGCAAUUAAGAGACGUUGGUUUUGGAGAGCAAGUCCAUGGCUAUACUAUAAAGAUGAGCACAUACACCGAGACGAAUGUGUUUGUCGGAAGUGUCCUCAUUGACAUGUAUGGUAGAUGUGGUCGCACUGGACUUGCUAAGCUCGUCUUUGAUUCGAUGCAAGAGAAGUGUGUGGUAGCUUGGUCUGCUCUGAUUGCAAUGUAUGUACACAACAACUGCCCUUCCAGUGCCAUUGACGUUUUAAGAGAGAUGAUUUAUAGCAGCUCCUCACCAAAUUACGUUACUCUGACUACUGUACUUACUGCAUGUGCCCACAUGCCGAACUUGCUUUUCGGAAAGGCAUUGCAUGGUUAUAUUGUUAAAAGGCAGGGUGGGGCGGAUGUUUUUGUUUCGACGGCUCUGAUCGAUAUGUAUAGUAAGUGCGAUCAUGUGGUGUAUGCACAUCGGGUCUUUGAGAGGGAUAAUGUGUUUAUGGGGCGCAAUGCAACGCCAAUGUGGAAUGCGUUGAUCACGGGUUAUUUGGAGAAUAACUGUGUUGAUGAUGCGUGGUGUGCCGUCCAAUCAAUGUGUCGAUUCUCUAAUGGUGGGCCGAGACCAAAUGCCGUGACCAUGGCCAUUGUUCUGCCUAUGUGUGCUAGAUCUGCUUCACUUCUCUAUGGCAAGGAAGCACAUUGCUACAUGCUCAAGAAUGGUUUGGAUGAAGAGAUUUUAGUAAGCAAUGGACUGUUGGAUAUGUAUUCCAAGUGUGGGAAGAUCCGAUGGGCUGAAAGGGUGUUCGAUCAAAUGGCCACCAAGAAUCGAAUUUCAUGGACAUCAAUGAUUGAUGGUUAUGGGACUCAUGGAGAUGGAGUGAGUGCAAUCCGAAUCUUUCAACAGAUGGUUAAAGAGAAGAACAUUGAGCCAGACAAUGUUACAUUUGUGGCCCUUAUCUCUGCCUGCAGCCAUGCAGGUCUGGUGGAGGAAGGUCUUCGGUACUUCAAAACAAUGCGGCAAGAGUACGGUAUUGUGCCCAUGGAGGAGAAUUAUGGUUGUGUGGUUGAUCUUCUAGCUCGAGCAGGCCGCAUCAAUGAAGCUAAGGAUAUAAUCGCCUCAAUGCCCAUGAAGCCAAGUGCUAGUGUGUGGGGAGCUUUGCUUGGUGCUUGUAGGAUACAUGGGCACGUCGAGGAGGCUGAGUUGGUGGGUCAAUUUCUACAUGAGCUGGAGCCAAAUGAGGCUGGUUUUCGGACCUUGUUAUCGAAUAUAUAUGCGGAGAACGGGUGGUUGGAUGGAGCUGCUGAUGUGAGGAGAGUGAUGAGAGAGACAGGGGUGGCAAAAAGGCGAGGGUGCAGUUGGUUAGAGGCAUGA